CGCCUGCCCACACUGUCUGAUUAUUACUGUAAUGGAGACAUCGAACUGAGCAUUCACCGCAUUGAACAUCAACAAGACCAUGGUGGUCUGUGGAGAGCACCGUGCCGAGGAUAGUUUGGACUAUCAGCAACAAAUGUGAAGUACGUCUUCUGAUGCUUGACAUGAACGCCGCUUUUCAACCUCUCGACCUCCUGAAAGCAGCAGGUGCCGGCAGUCCAUGUUGAGACCAAAAGGCUUCCCUUUGUUCGGUGCACUACGGCAGACAAGUACAAAACAGUACAGGAGAAGCACAAUGAACACCACAGUGGUGCCAAACGCCACUGCAGAGUGUGUUAAGAUUGACAGCAGCGCCAUUAGUGACCUCCUGAUGACCGUCUACAUCCUGGCCUUCAUCUUGGGCUUGAUCUUCAACGUGCUCACCCUGGUCCCCAUCUGGCAACAGGUGCGCAAGGAAAACGUGCUGGGCAUUUUCUUGCUGAGUCUGUCGCUGUCGGACAUGCUGUUCCUGUUCACCGUGCCCCUGUGGAUCAACUACUACCACCAAGACCACCACUGGAAGCUGGGCGUCAUGUCCUGCAGCGUGGCGGGCUUCUUCUACUACUCCAACAUGUACAUCAGCAUCUACCUGCUCUGCUGCAUCUCCGUAGACCGCUGCCUGGUGGUCACCAACCCUCUCCGCUUCAAGACCCACCGCACGUCACGCUACGCCUGGGCCCAGUGCGCCACCGUCUACGUGCUGGUCAUGACGCUGCACAUCGUGGUGCUGGUCAACGACAACCUCACGGACGCCCACGAUGACAAAGACAGCAACGACCGCUGUUACGAGACCUACCCCAUGCAGAAACCUGUCGCCUUGUUCAACCUGCUCCGUGUGGGCAUCGGCUUCUUGCUCCCCCUGCUGGUGUUGGCCGUCAGCUACUGGAGGGUGCUCGCCACGGUGGGGCAGAGUCCCGGCUUGAGCGUGCAGGUCAAGAGGAAGGUCCGCAUGCUCUCCUUCGGGGUCAUCGGCAUCUUCUCCUUUUGUUUCGCGCCCUACCACCUUUUCCUGCUCACGCGCUCGCUCGUCUUCUACACCAGCGACCACGCCAGCUACUGUCAGUUUGAGCAGAAGAUGCACUUCCCCUUCUCGUGCACGCUGGCCCUGUCCAGCCUGAACUGCGUGGUGGACCCCGUGCUCUACAUGCUGGUGAGCAACAGCGUGCAGGAGGAUUUGAAAAUGUGCUGCAACAGGCAUAAAAGGACACAGGCGGAAGAGUGCGCACUGGCCACGCACAACAGAGGAAAGAUGAACAACCAGUUAAUAUGAGCACACGCCAGUCGGCAGGAUGUGGAUUAUUUACGGCCUUUACUCUGCCUUUGUGUACACAUAAUCAGAUCCUUUCAGACGUGGCCAUAUUUGUCCACCCACCUCAUAUCCUGCAUUGUGAAGAUGAGGAGGCUGACAAGGACCACAUACAUUUCCAGUUAUUAUACAUUAGGAGCAUUUGUUGAUUCUCCGAGGUUGUAUUUUGUCUUAAAAUUACACGCUGAGCCACAAUAAAUGUCGACAUAGCCCAGGGACUGCCGGUUAAGAUUUAUU